AUGGCUGCAUCCACUACAACGACGGAAUACUAUACCGAACGCACGACGACGGCGAACUACUCCACAGCAGCGAGUGCCAUGUUGUUCAUCUACGACUUCAUGUGCACCUUCCCGGACGAAGUGGACCUGUACUGGGGAAAGCGGGCCACCGGGGCGUCCGUCCUCUUCUGGGUGCUCAGAUAUUCCGCGCUCGCGUGCAACGUGUACAACAUGUGCGCGUUCUUCCCGACGCGCUACGCCUCCAUCGGCAUCGCAGCUUGGGAUUUCUCGGCGAAAACCGUCCCUAAUGCCGGUUGUCUGGGAACGUAUAGAAGCGAUUCGGCGAAUCCGCACCUGAGUUGCUUCAUCCUUGCAGACGUAGUGCUGAUCGCAACGACGACACAACAUCUACGUGGCUUGUGGAACCUCAGCAGUUCCUCCUUUGCCCGUGUGAUCCUGCGCGAUGGAACGAUGUAUUUUGUUCUUCUCUGCACCCUGAACAUAACGCAUAUAGCGCUAUCACUGUUGUCGACCUCGGGCCGCUGUCCGGGCAUGAGCAACGUCGGACCCUUCACGCAAUCGAUCACGGCGGCAUUGGUGUCGCGCUUCCUGCUGCACCUGCAGCACGCCAGCCGAAAGACGCGAGUGGGGCCCACGUCGCAGGACAGCGGGCUCUCCGGGAGCAGGAUCGCGGGCCUCACUUCGUUGGGCUCCCUGGGCUUUUGCGGCAACGUUGAUCUGACAGAGGAGCGGUUUGACGGUGAUUGGGAGACGUUCGCUGAUGGGAGCGAAGCGACGCAGGAUGACGUUUCUCCCUUUGACGAUUGCAAGUCGACGGAGUAUAGCCCGUCUGUGUACCAGUGGACAUAA